GGACAGUGGGACGCUGUAGGACACCGAUCACCUGCUUUGUUUUAUACUGUACAUAUAUACACACAGAGGGGAGCGAGAUCAGUUGUCAUAGUUGUUAGGCAUUCCACUCAGUAGUGUUUAUUUUUAGCUCAUGGCUAUGAUCCCCUUUGAUCUGGACCUGUGCAAUUGUGGUCGAGGGAGAGAUUGUGUUCCCGUCUUACUCUAGUUCACCAAACUCUACAGCACAGAUAAAACGAGAAGGACCCCCUCAAUGGGAAAUUACAAAUCAAGACCAUCUCAGACAUGUACAGAUGAAUGGAAGAAGAAAGUUGGCGAGUCAUACUCUGUGAUCAUUGAGAAGUUGGAAGACGACUUCCAGCUGAAAGACAGCGAGCUGGUGGAUCUUAAGCUCGCUUUCAGCUCCGAUGAAGCUUUUCAGAAGGUGAAUGUGAGCUACCGAACAGAGAAGGGGCUGUCGCUGCUGCAUCUCUGCUGCGUGUGUGGAGGGAACAAGGCCCAUAUGCGCACCCUGAUACUCAAAGGCCUGCGUCCUUCAAGACUGACCAGGAAUGGAUUCACUGCUCUCCACCUGGCUGCUUACAAGGAUAAUGCUGAGCUGGUGACUGCGCUUCUCCACGGUGGGUCAGAUGUGCAGCAGUUGGGAUAUGGUGCUCUCACAGCCCUUCAUGUUGCCACACUGGCUGGGCAUCAUGAGGCUGCAGACAUACUUCUACAGCAUGGAGCCUAUGUUAACGUUCAGGAUGCUGUCUUUUUUACCCCACUGCACAUUGCUUCCUACAAUGGCCACGAGCAGGUGACGAAGCUGCUGCUGAAGUUUGGGGCAGAUGUGAAUGCAAGUGGUGAGGUGGGUGAUCGCCCGCUGCAUCUGGCUGCUGCCAAGGGCUUUCUUGGUAUUGUCAAACUGCUGAUGAGUGAGGGAAGCAAAACUAACGUAAAUGCCCAAGACAAUGAAGAUCAUGUCCCCCUCCACUUCUGUGCUCGUUUUGGUCACCAUGAAGUUGUCCGCUUUCUUCUGCAGGGCAGCUUUGAUGUACAGCCUCACUCUGUGAACAUCUACGGGGAUACGCCGUUACACUUGGCCUGCUACAAUGGCAAAUUCACAGCCGUGAAGGAGUUAAUACAGUACUCUGGUACAGACAGCCUUUCAAAGGAGAAUAUAUUCAGUGAAACAGCACUUCACAGUGCAUGCACCUACGGGAAAGAUCUAGAGAUGGUCAAAUUCUUGUUGAGCCAGAAUGCCAUGAGCAUCAACUAUCAGGGCAGAGAUGGACACACAGCUCUGCACAGUGCCUGUUUCCAUGGCCAUAUCCGCCUGGUGCAAUUCUUGUUGGACAGUGGUGCAGACAUGAACCUCGUUGCCUGCGACCCCAGCAGGUCCAGUGGAGAGAAAGACGAACAAACAUGCCUCAUGUGGGCUUAUGAAAAAGGUCACGAUGCCAUAGUCACCUUAUUAAAACACUACAAACGUCCAGAUGACUCUCCUUGCAAUGAGUACUCUCAGCCAGGAGGGGAUGGCUCCUACGUCUCUGUUCCGUCUCCUCUAGGAAAGAUCAAAAGCAUGACUAAAGAGAAAGCAGAAGUUCUUGUGCUCAGGGCCAGUCUUCCAUCUCACUUCCACCUACAGCUGUCUGAGCUGGAGUUUAAUGAAAUUAUUGGAUCGGGCUCCUUCGGAAGAGUCUACAAAGGCAAAUGUAGAAAUAAAAUUGUGGCCAUAAAGCGUUAUCGAGCGAACACGUACUGUUCGAAGUCAGAUGUAGAUAUGUUCUGCAGAGAGGUUUCCAUCCUCUGUUGCCUCAAUCAUCCCUGUAUCAUCCAGUUUGUGGGAGCAUGUCUGGACGACCCCAGUCAGUUUGCCAUCGUUACCCAGUAUGUGUCUGGAGGCUCAUUGUUCUCCCUGCUGCAUGAGCAGAAGAGGCUUAUCGACCUGCAGUCCAAGCUCAUCAUUGCCAUUGAUGUGGCCAAGGGCAUGGAGUACCUGCACAACCUCACACAGCCUAUUAUCCACAGGGACCUCAACAGUCACAAUAUUCUGCUAUAUGAGGAUGGACACGCAGUGGUGGCUGAUUUCGGAGAAUCCAGAUUUCUACAGUCUGUUGAAGAGGACAACAUGACCAAGCAGCCGGGGAACCUGCGCUGGAUGGCUCCCGAGGUGUUCACCCAGUGUACUCGCUACUCAGUGAAGGCAGACAUGUUCAGCUACGCCCUCUGUCUGUGGGAGCUGCUGACAGGAGAAAUUCCCUUUGCUCACCUGAAGCCUGCUGCUGCAGCAGCAGACAUGGCCUAUCAUCACAUCCGGCCUCCUGUUGGUUACUCCAUUCCCAAACCCAUCUCUGCACUUCUGAUGAGGGGCUGGAACUCCUGCCCAGAGGACAGGCCUGAAUUCUCUGAAGUGGUUUCCAGCCUGGAGGAAUGCCUCUGCAAUGUUGAGCUGAUGUCUCCAGCUUCCAGCAACAGUAGCGGCUCCCUCUCUCCCUCCUCCUCGUCUGACUGUCUGCUCGGGCGAGGAGGACCCGGCCGGAGCCACGUGGCUGCCCUGCGCUCUCGUUUUGAACUCGAGUAUGCUCUCAACACUCGUGCCUAUGCUUUCUGGACCCAGAGUGAGCGGCGCAGAGCAUCUGGAGGGCUUUCACUGGAGGAACUAAGAAGGAGCAUGCAGUUCUCUCCCAUCGAUCGAAAUGGGUAUGUGUCUGAUCCCAUGAGCACCAUGAGAUUCUGUUCUUCCCUCAGCAGCAGCGGCAGCUUUGAGGAAAGUAACUGAACCCUCCCCGAGCUCCAAACUCUGUUAUUAUCAUCUUAUUAAUACAGAUAGUUGUGUAUUUUGUGACAUUUUUUAUGUGAUAAAUAAAUCUUUAGAAACUGCAUAUGAUGAUAAUUGAGGUUACCCGUUAUUGGGUUAUAACAUACAGUCUAUGCAUGAUCUGUUUGUGAACUGUAACUUAGUUACACUGUUUUUUAAAAACUUUGUAAAACAAAGUUUUCUCUUUAUUCUUGUUCUUGACGAUAAAUCUAAAUGUAAAGAAAUUUUUUUGUCAAAAA